CACGCAUUAUGUUAGUUCGCUCCGAACGAGUUCUUACUAUGUUACUGUCUGAUUUCUUCACUCUCUCUUUCUUUCACAAACGCAUCUUCAAAACCCAAACCAUUACGUUAAUCCUUUUCUCUAUUAGACCCAGUUAAUGGGUAAGGCAUCCAAAUGGUUUCGCGCCAUUCUUGCUCUCAAAAGACCAGACUCGCCGUCCGCCACCGCUCCCAAACCGCCCAAGGACAAACGACGGUGGAGCUUCGUCAAAUCCUACAGAGAAAAGGACCAUUCCACCGUCGACCACUCCUCGGUACACGCGGAAAGCGCUGAUCCCAACCUUCCAGCACUCACCGCCGUCACCGUCCUCGGAGGCGUUACUCGAGAAGAAUGGGCAGCCGUUAAGAUUCAAGCCGCGUUUCGAGGCUCUUUGGCAAGGAAAGCCCUUAGAGCGUUAAAAGGAUUGGUGAAGCUACAGGCAUUAGUGAGAGGUGAGAUAGAAAGAAAGCGAACGUCAGAAUGGCUGCAAAGAGUACAAACACUCUUACGUAUCCAGGCCCAGGCCCAGGCCCAGUUCCGUGUUGGGCGGGCCCAAACUUUUCACUCCCCUUAUUUGAAUGCAAACUCAUCCACUGCCCACCUACAUGGUUCACCAGACAAAUCUGAAAGCCCCAUCAGCUCCGAGAGCAUGAAAUAUGAUCACUCACCUUCAUUACUCAAGAGAAACAGCUCAAAGUCCCGCAUGCAUAUCAAUGUUAACGAAGACAAAUCAUGGCAUGAACGAAGAUGGUGGUCAAGAGCUUGUAGCCUGGACGAAGAAGGAUGUGUGAGGAUUCUAGAAAAUGAUUCUGUAAAAGCACACGUGCCAUCAAAGGGUAGAAGCCAUGGUUUGGUUAGUGAAGUUCAGUCUUACAGCCCUCGAAAAUGGAACGAGGUUGAGGACAACUCAUCGUGUGGUGCUGACAAUAGUCCUCGUACUUUGUCCUCUUCUUCUAAAAAUGGUGGCUCCAAAAGAAGCCCUUUUACUCCUACCAAGAGCCAUCUGAGUGGUUGUUCUGAACCUGAUUAUCCGAGUUACAUGGCAUACACUGAAUCAUCAAUGGCAAAGGUAAGAUCUGUGAGUGCUCCAAAGCAGAGGCCCACCCAAUACAUGAGGUCAAGUUCAUCUUCUAACAGCUACUCGCUUCAUGAUAAUGGAUUUCAAUUUGGUGACUCAAAGUUGGCCACUCAAAGGGUAGCAUCAUCAUCACACGCAAACUUCACUAACAAGGCUUACCCUGCUUCUGGUCGUUUGGACAAGCCUGGGUUAUCUGUGCCGUAUUAUAAAUACUGACAUACGUAAAUAUGUGUUGUGUUGGAAUGGAUUUUCAAUGUAAUGUUUUUAUCUGUGUAAUGUUCCUGUGCUGAUCUUUACAAUUUCGUCACCUAUUUGGGCUUUCUUUUAAGAUAAUGUACCUAGACUACAACUUCACACAUUUACUGAAUUACGUUUUGAACA